AUGGAUAGCUGGAGGGUUGCUGUGCUUGGCGAUGGUGGUGUCGGUAAAACUGCUUUGGCCGUUCAGUUCACUCUCAAUUGUUUCACUUACGACCCGACAAUAGAAGACGCUUAUAGGAAGCAGUUAAUUGUGGAUAACAAGAUGUGCUUCGUCGAAGUCAUCGACACUGCUGGGCAGGAGGAGUACGCCACGCUGCGUGACCAAUGGGUUCGGGAAGGCCAGGGAUUUAUUCUGGUCUACUCCAUCGCAUCUCGGUCAACAUUUGAACGGCUGGACGUUUUCAGACAGUCGAUGCUCAAAGUUAAGCGCCAAAAACCUAUCUUCAUGCUGGUGGGCAAUAAGUGCGACAAGACAUACGAGCGUGAAGUCUCACGUGAGGAAGGCAUUGCGCUCGCUCGGACAUUUGGCUGUGAAUUCAUGGAAACAUCAGCAAGAACAGCAUAUAACGUCGAGCUACUUUUCACCAACCUAGUACGUGCCCUACGGCAGACGAAACGAUUGGAAUCUGGUGGAUCAGGGGGGAAACAGAGCGACAAGCAACCAAAGGACGGCGGCAGCAAGAAACCCAAAUGCGUGGUUAUGUGA